UUAGUCCGCCUGGUUGGAAUGAUGCUACUUAUAUUUGCCAAAAAGGACCAAUGUAAAUACCUCCAUGAUGUUGUAACAGAAACUGUGGGCACGGGACUCAUGGGAAAAAUGGGUAACAAAGGGGCUGUUGCUGUGAGGUUUUUGUUCCACAAUACUACAUUUUGCAUUGUCAAUUCCCAUUUGGCUGCUCACGUGGAAGACUUCGAACGUCGAAAUCAGGAUUAUAAAGACAUCUGUUCCCGAAUGACUUUCUUGGUCCCAAAUCAGGGUCAUCUAAACAUCAUGAAGCAUGAUGUUGUCAUCUGGUUGGGAGAUUUGAACUACAGACUCUGCAUGCCUGAUGCCAGUGAAGUAAAAACACUUAUUAAUAGGAAUGAACUUCAGAAGCUCCUGAAGCUGGACCAGCUAAAUAUUCAACGUUCUCACAAGAAAGCAUUUGCUGACUUUACAGAAGGCGAAAUUCAGUUUAUGCCCACCUACAAGUUUGACCCGAAAACAGACAGAUGGGAUUCCAGUGGGAAAUGUCGUACUCCAGCAUGGUGUGACCGAAUCCUUUGGAGAGGGACUAACGUUAAUCAGCUCCGCUACUGGAGUCACAUGGAGCUUAAAACCAGUGACCACAAACCCGUCAGUUCUCUCUUCCUCAUUGGGGUGAAGGUUGUGGAUGACAGAAGAUACAGGAAGGUAUUUGAGGACAGUGUUCGCAUCAUGGAUAGAAUGGAAAAUGAUUUUCUUCCUUCAUUAGAACUCAGCAAGAGGGAAUUUGUAUUUGAGAAGGUGAAAUUCCGUCAACUGCAGAAGCAGAAAUUCCAGGUCACCAACAAUGGCCAAGUGCCAUGUCAUUUUUCCUUCAUCCCUAAGCUCAGUGACAGCCAGUACUGCAAGCCCUGGCUUCGGGCUGAGCCCUGUGAAGGCUACUUAGAACCAAGUGAGACAGUCGACAUUUCCUUGGAUGUCUAUGUCAGUAAAGACUCAGUGACAAUCCUGAAUUCGGGGGAAGAUAAGAUUGAAGAUAUUCUUGUUCUUCACUUGGACCGAGGCAAAGAUUAUUUCUUGACCAUCAGUGGAAGUUACCUCCCAAGCUGCUUUGGCACAUCCUUGGAAGCUUUGUGCCGAAUGAAAAGACCGAUUCGAGAAGUUCCUGUUACCAAACUCAUCGACCUGGGAGAAGACAGCUUCGUAGAAAAGGAGAGCGCUCUUCUGCCAUUGGCUCCUUUGGAGGGGAACGUCGGCGAGAGACCCCUUCAGGUUCCCAAAGAAAUCUGGCUUUUAGUAGAUCACUUAUAUAAGAAUGGCUGUCAGCAGGAGGACCUAUUCCAGACCCCUGGCAUGCAGGAAGAACUACAGCAAAUCAUUGAUUGUCUGGAUACCAGCAUUCCUGAGACAGUCCCUGGCAGCAAUCACUCUGUGGCUGAAGCCCUUCUCAUCUUUCUGGAAGCCCUGCCAGAGCCUGUCAUCUGUUAUGAGCUAUAUCAGAGAUGCCUUGACUAUUCCCAUGAUCCCCGCCUCUCCCGACAGGUGAUUUCACAUCUUCCACGAUGCCACAGAAAUGUUUUCCGGUACCUGAUGUCUUUCCUUAGGGAACUCUUAAAGCACUCUAAAACAAACAAUGUCAGCGUCAACAUGAUUGCCAAUCUCUUCUCCGGUCUCCUGUUACGGCCUUCACCCAACCUGAUGUCAAGACAGACUCCAACUGACCGCCAACAUGCUAUCCAGUUCCUCCUGGGGUUCCUGCUUAGCAGUGAUGAAGACUAACUCUCUUCAUCUGGCAUCCUCCACCCCCUUCUUGAGAUUCUAGCCUGGAGGAUCACUAGCUUUGAGUAUUAAGAAUUAGUUGAAGGAGUUUUUGCCACCAGGGGAGUUGCACAGCUUUGUAGCUGCUGGCUAUUGAAAAUCUACAGUUUACAGUGCUUAGGGGAGCCUUCUAGUAGCUCCUCCACCCACCAAAACACAAGUUAGAUGUCCUUAUCCAUUAGAGAAUUUCAGACUCAACAUGUUGCCAAGCCAAAGUCUCCACAUUUUGGUAGUUCUGUGCUUUAUCUUUAUGGGACAGAGAAAUCUGUAUUAACACUCCAGUGUUCUCCAAAUCUGUUUGUUGCCUAAAUCUGACUGUCUUGUCUCUGCUUAGCACCCUAGUCUUGGGGUCUGAGAUGUGAACGUUCUCGACUGAUACGCACUAUUUGCUUUAGAUGAGAUUUGUAUCUGGAUUCAGAUUUUUAUCUGAAUCGUAUUUGGCUCUCUUGCCCCCCAGCCCCACUCACACCCCCACUCAAGCAGCAGUAUCACUUUGGAGAAGGGCAGGUGGGUAAGGCUCCUGGGAGACUUACUUGUCUCACUGCCAGCAUUUGUGCACUCUUACUACAGUGGCAUUUCUGGGUCUCGGUCUGUUCAUGUGCCUACAGUGGCUAGGGCCAUCUUCCCUUCUCUUGAACCCUACCCAGCAACUGAACCUUAGUGACUGCUGGGAGAGGACCUUCGUUCUAAUGUCCCACUGGCCUUCAAGGCCCACAACCAAAAUGAAUGCAACCUGGCUACCUUGAGGGUGAAGGCGUUUCUCUGUCUUGCAAGUCCUGUCUGGGGGGAAAAGGUAUGAGGAAUAAUUGGCUCUGGGUGUCCUUGGGACUUACUCCCACCCUUGGAAUCUCAUUUUCUUCCCAAACAGCACUUAGACCACCAUAGAAAGUGUUGGGGUUAACUCCAGCUUCAUCACUGGAGAUGACCUCCGAAUCCUCAGGAACCUCUUGGCAUUCAUCCUCCGUACCAAAGGGCAAUCAGAAUCCCCCUGCUUACAAAGAAAUCACCUCCUUCGAGGGUUUAGGACCAGGGUAGACAGUAUUUGGGGGACUUCCAGUGUAGCACACAACCACCUUUUUAAGUACUAGGUCAAAGAGGCAACAGUUUAUCAAGAUAACAUUGGGGCCAACAAAGCACCUUAUUUCCCCACCUUUAACAUCUCUCUGAAUUGUUCAUUGAAAACAGACCAGCAGGUCAUUCGCCCCCCCCCUUUUUU